AUGCUCAGGCAACUGCUAUCCAGUACUAUCCAGCAGGCUCAUGCCCAAGUCAGCAAGAUGGAGACCACCAUGGAGGCCAGGCAGGUUAUCCAAGACACUGCCAAAGUGAAGCCAGUCAGACCGAGACAGGUGCCUGCCAGUAGCAGGUCUACAAAUACACCCAUCCAACCUUGCAUCGAAGAUACUCACCAGAGAAUCAGUCCUCCUGUUGCAAUGGAGGCCAGACAGACAAUCCAAGUCACUGCUGAAGCAAAGUCAGUCAGACCAAGAUGGGGGCCUGUCAGCCUUCAAGGAAAACCUGGAAGUGUGGCCAUCCAACCUCAUGUUGAAGACACUGAUAACUUAUCAGAAGUUGCUGAUAUGGAAGGUAUGGAAGUCGAUGCUCACCAGGUAACUGCUCCUGCUAUUGCAGACUAUACAAGCAACAAGCCACAGAGUGGGAGAACAGCUACCCACAUGUUGAGAAGGCAAGGUGCAGUCACUGACCUUGAUCUGCUGGCACAUGUGGUGUCGACAUGUGGAUCCAAUGAAUUCUCCCAGCAAAUAUUAUCAACCUCCAUCCCUUCCUUGACAAGCAGAGCUACUACCACUGUCAACUCCAAUGCAAACCUAGCAUACCAGGGAAAGAUGCCUGCACCAACUCACAACAUGGACAAAGAGGAAUUAGAAGACCAACCAGCUUUCCCUGUCAAGGUUGUAGGUCAUGACAAAUUCAAGGUGGUUGCAAGCAUGGCUAACGAUGUACAGAGUGACAAUGAAUUCAAUCAGCUCAUUUUUGAGGAGGUGCAGGCUGGCUCAAAGUGCAAGCAUCCAGAUUGUGAUGAUGCCAACUAUGUCACCUCAUCCAAGGUUGAGGACUUCAAUGAUGAAUACUUCAACAUUGAGGAUUGUAAUUUGAACUCUUGUAUGUUGCCUGCUAAGGAAUUACUGACAAUGGAGUGGACAAACCAAAGACAUCAAAGGUUGACAGGGAUGCAGACCAAGAACCACAACAGACAAGCACCACAGAAGGUCAAGUAUCUUCAAAAAGGACCACAGGCAAGGCCAGCAAUGGGCAAGUUGUGGACAAAAGCCAUCAUACCCACUCUCCUUGUGUGGGCUGGAAGCUUAGCUGACUCUUGGACAAUCUCAGAUGAUGAACUCAUACAGUCGCUGCAAAUCAUUAUCCUAACUAUUGCCCCAGAUUUUGAGGACCUGAAUGACAUUCAUCCUGGGAUGGUGAUCUUUAAUAUUGUACUGUGUGUCAACAACUCUGCCAGUGGUGCAGCAACUUUGGAUCCACUGCAAUUACUCCUUAUCACUCACUUCCUUGUCUUGGAUCCAGAAAUUGGUGUGCCAUCUCUUGCCCAGGCUCAGGAGCUCUGUUCUAAGCUGUUGGAAGGCUUUGCAUUUUUAUAUGUAGACCAAGAUUCUCGCAAACCAGAGAACAUUUUCUGGUCAUACUUCAUAUUAUUCCUCCUUGGCCAUGCACAUCUGCGACCCUGUGCUGAUUCUCCUGAUGUUCCAAAACUGAAGAUCAGGGAACUGAAAAAAAUUGGUGUCAAGGGUGUGCUAGCCCUCUGCUGUGCAGUGUUGCACCAUACCCUUUCCCUGUUCAAAACCAGCAAGCUGCAAAUUGAUGUGAAGUACAUGUCCUUCAGAAAGGCAGUCAUCAAGAUCCCCCUCAAGGUGAACAAGAUGACCAGGAAGGAAUUGUCAGCUGUUUCAGCAUUCUCCAAGCAGAAUUGUGGCCCCCACACCAGGCAAUAUGCUAUAGCCAUCAAUAAGCAUGAUAAUGCCAUGCUCCAUGACAUCAUUGUGGGAGUAACUAUCCUCAUGCCAUGCAGUAUGGAUGCUGUAUCAGAGGAAGGGAGCUUUCAACAUGGGGAGGAUGAUGUUGAUGAUCUAAUUGCUGCUCUCUUCAUCGAUAGGAUCUCAUCAUUUGGAUGUGAUCUCAUUCUCUCCCUCCCUCUGUCCCAAGUCACUCAUUGGCAAUUACAGUCAUUUAACUAA